AUGACGAUGUCCAGUGCUGGCAGCGCCAAUCCCGAUUCCUCCGCGGCCUUUACACAGCUGAAGGAAGCGUUUAGUUUUCUCGAUCAUGAGCGAGAGGACGUGCGGAAGAUGGCUGUGCAGGGAAUCGCCAGUCAGAGCAAAGAAGACAAAAAUCUCUGGGCGUUCAUGUCCUCGGCGGAGUACGGACCCGCUGCCAUCGAUGCCCUCCUGAAACAUUUCCACCCCGGUAGCAUUCGGCUGAUUGGGAAUAUUCUCACCAUUCUCAUCAACUCCGCGGCGGAUGGGGCCUGCGCGGAGAUGUUGGUGACGCGGAAAAUUGUACGAAAAUCGAUGCUUUUUCUCGACGAGAUGGAGCACUCUACCCACCCCGAGCCCUUCAAGCGCAGCGUGCAGGAGAUGGUGCUGAUGUUGUUGAACAACCUCACCGCCAGCCACAUCUCCGCCGUUGACGACCUCUUGCAAAAAGACGACGACGCGAUGCGGGGGUUUUAUCUGGGAAAGCUACACGGCUACUACGUCGCGAUGUCGCCUGGGGUGUCCGGGGGUUCUCCGACGGAGACCCCCACCGACCAGGCCGCGCCGCCGCGGGAGACGCGGGAUUGCCGUCGGUGGAUUCUCAGCAUCCUUCUCAACCUCACGCGGAGCGCCGACGGGCAGGAGCUUUUGUUGGAGGAUGAGGACUGGCGAGGGGCGUUUCAGGAAUGCCUGCGGGCCUCCGGGUUUCCUUCGCAUCGUCGGAUCGUCGCGGAGUGUUUUCGCAACUGCGCAGGGGCCCCACGGCCGUUGUAUGGGUUGCUGCUGCAGGCGGAUUGCGUUCGCGCGGCGGUGGAGCACCUGACCUCUGGCAAGGAGCGCGACCCGGCGGUGCAGAUGAGCCACGCGGAGGUCCUCGCGGGGAUGUUGGAAUCCGUGGAAGGGGUGGCGCAGCUGGAGGGGGUGAACGCGAAGAAACUGCUAAGCGCCGCCGUAAGCACCUCUCGCGCGGCGGUCGAGGCGGGCGAGGAAAGCGCGGGAUCCGUCCCUUCUCCGCCGCAGCCUCUUCCAGGCAAAGGGGGCUGCCUGGCGCCGAACGUGUGUGAUUUUUUGGAGAAACACGUGCUGGUGUAUUUGGAUGACAUUAUUGAUGCCUACUUGCCCCCUAAUUGCGAUGAUGUGGACUAG